AUGGCGACGACAACAGUCACAACAACAGCGACGACGACGGCUGCACCGACGACGAGCCACACGAGGCCAACGAGCCCCUAUGCGCGCAGCACAGGCGCGGGCUCCGCGACAGAUAUCGCGUCGCCUAUCGAUUCUGCAACGUCAUAUGGCGGCGCUACUGGCACUGGGACCACAAACGGCACGCUCGUCGAGGCCCCAGUCUAUCCACACAACGCAACAUUCGAAUCCGACCAAUUCGCCGUCACCGUCUCAAGUCCACACCUCGAACUCACAUUCCCAAAUGGAAAUGACGGUGCUAUCGUCAAGCUGCCCGUCUUUGGCGCAAAGGACAGCAUCGGUGGCACAAUCACCUUUAAUCCUGCCAUGUACCCAUCUACCUCAAAUGCCAAACUCGUGGUCUCGCUAGAGGGAGCCAUGUACUGGAGUGAGCCCCGACCGGCCGACUUUCUCCCCAAAUCGAAAUCAGGCAAAGAACAUAAGCGAAGAAGUACCCGAGACCGCGAUGAUCUCUCCAAUAUUGCCACCAACCAUCCACCGCCCAUGCUCGAGCGCAAGCACGUCUUUCUCUACUCGCCACUCAGCAUCACCCUGAGCAGCACCACCGACGACGAGUCGUCUGCGACGGGCGUCAGUGGUCCCACUCCCAACUCGGCCUUGGAUACCAUUUUGCAAAAUAGGCAACAGGCGCUCGCAGCUGUGCGCAGGAGAAUGUCCUAUGGACGUGCAGAGGCGUCUAGACUAUUAGAAAAGGCUCGACGUAAGAAGAGCAUGGGGACGAGCGGUGCGAAUGAAGAGCCCAUCUUUGGCUCUGCCGGAAUGGGAUCGUCGGCACAGCUGUCUGGAAACGCACUGGGACUUGGUGUCGGUGUAGAUGGUAGUAAUACCAAUUUGCCGAAUACCGUCACCUCGUCCCCCGAGGCGCAGACGACGGCCGACCCAAUGCUCGCAGCCACGCCCUGGGUUAGCAAGACAUUUAUGUUCCAUUCGCCUCUUCAGCAAAAGGAUAAUGAUGGAACGCCACUACGACUACCUCCUUCGGUCGAUCUCAAGGCAGAAGCUGCGGAGCACGACAAGGGAAAGACAAAGCUUGUCGAAGAUGUUCGAAUACAGUACAGGCUUGUGGUCAAAUAUGAAAGUUCGCUGGCGUCGUUGACCAAAAAGGUGGAAGUCCCUCUGAUUUUCGAACCGGGGUCAGAUCCAGAAUCGUUUUAUGCGACUCCUCAGCCUCCGAUCAAAUGGAAGGAGACGCCUAUGGAGGUUGAUAGCAAGCCAGAAGGAAUGGCCAAAUUACCCUUCCGCGCAAUGCUCACACUCCCCAAUCCACCCGUCUUUGCUCGAGACUCGGAAUCCUUCUUCUUCGUCGCAUUUGCCACCACGCCCCAAGACAAGGAAUUGGCUUCCAUCAUCGCCUCGAACGCUCAGAUUUCCCUCAACAUUACUUGCACAUAUCGCUUCGACCCACGUCGAGCUGCAGCUCACACUUCCCGAUCCUAUAUCCUCCCAAGAGAGCCAGAACUUCUCAAGAUGCGACGCAACACCGAAAACACCGACGAUGCAUCAGAGGAAAAGUCGGCGACGGUGACGCCCGGAGGCGCGACGGGGCUCAGUCGCGUACGCAGCAUUGGUUCCAAUGGCUCCAAGUGGGCAGCGACAGUCGGUGCCGCUGGAUCGAGUUGGAUGCAAUCGGCCAAGAAUGGUGCCGUGGCUGUUGGUGGGAGUAUUGGGAGCGUCGGUGGACGGGCAGCUGCGCUCGCUGCGCUGACGACGACGACGGGGGCCACAAAGGAGGAAAAACUGUGGAAGUGGCAGGAUCCACCUGCUUCGCCUCUGAAGCGGCGUAGUCAUUCCAGUCGGAAGAGUACGGGGAAUGCUAAUGAUGGUGUUGGGUCUGGGCAGACGACGAUUCGACGAAUGAGCGGGACGUCGACGCCAAAGCCUGAAGCUGGUGGACGCCCGUCGACGAGUAGCGAGAGGGAAAACGAGAAGCCGUUACCUGUGUUGCCGCCCGUGACGCCCGUGGAGGAACAAGGUGGACGAAUCUCGACGCCGCUGCCUGUUGGUGGGUUCAAGGAUGAUGGAGCGGGUGAGACGACGACGGUGCUCCUCUCGACAUCACGCACUGGGUUCCCACAUCGGCCCAAAGUCAAGGCGGAUCAGUCGAAUUUGCCAGAGGGUCUUUGGAAGGGCCAGCUCAAUUAUCAGUGGUGGAUGAUUCCGAGCUUGGAUCAGGCAGGGUUAUCUGUCAAGUACCAUAUGGAAGUGAUUGUCGAGAUUGACGGCAUGGUCCUUCGCACAAAGAAGGAAUUCAGAAUCGUCGAGCCGCAUAUUGUCCGCAAGGAGGAACGGAUACAUCAAACUAAAAGAAUCGAGCUAGACGCCUUCGUCUAG